GUCCCCUCCAAUUUCCGUCUUAAUUGUGCCUCUCUUUCCUCAUGCAAGACCUCCAAGCCCCCCGCAGCGAUAACGUGCCGUCUUUCUCUCAGUCAGGCCUCGUCUUGCCGACACCCUCAAUCCAGAACCAGAUCCACGAAUUAGCAAAGACUCUUCCCCCUCCCAGGAAACAGAACACAGCCUGCGAUGCCUGCAGGUCGCGAAAGGUUAAAUGUCACCGAUUACCAGGUCACGACAAGCACUGCCUAUCCAAGAACUACCCUUGCACGUCGGUCCAUUAUGUCCAACAGGCGACCAGCGAAAAGAAACGUAAUUCCGCCGCUCGAAGGCCGAGGAAUAUAUCUACGAGUACAAGCCCGUCGUCCCCAGGUCCUUCUAGACUUCCGUCUCCCACAGGCGAGGGUGGCAUUGGCCCUUGGUUCCCCAGCCUAAGUCACUCACCACUGGCUCCAAGGCCGACUAUCUACCCUAGCGUCUCGCCUCAUACAUCCACCACUCAUCUAUUGUCUUAUCUAUUUUCACCACCGGAUAUCCAAAGCAUUAUACCUCCUUUUAAUGCGGUAAAAUCGCGGCUAUCACCUUAUGCGGAUUGGGGCGAGAUGGCUUCUAAGCUUGAGGAGGAGGCUUUUAGAGCUGAAUUCGCUCUCGACCUUGUGGAGGUGUACUUCCAAAUUGUCCAUACUCGUCUCCCUCUUCUGAACCCAAUCCAAUUCCGUGCGCGUCUAAACCUUGCCGGCCAAACUGCCUUUGACGAGCCCCUCCACCCGGCUCUCGUAGCAACAGUACUGGCGUGGGGGGCCAAAUUUUCUGAACAUCCUUUGCUCAUUGUAGAUCGCCAACGCAAUAACGGGCAAAGUCGUAUGGCAAAAGCUCUCAUUGAGCGUACUCGCGAAUUAGCCGAGUCUAUGAAGGUCCAUCGUGUUCCCUCCGCCGAUAACGUGGUAAUUUCCCUUCUUAUCGAACCUUUGCAAAGUCAGGAUCCCCAUUCAAAUCCCAAUAACGGCUUUCAUGGCUUCUGGUUGACAUCUGGGAUACGGAAUUUACUCGGCUUACAGAUCAAUCAUAAAUCUGUCAUGUCGGAUAUCAAGGAUCCCGAGGCUCGCGGCACCAUGAUUUUUGCGUGGUGGAUGGCUUGUAUAGCGGAUGCAUAUUCGUCGUUUUAUUAUCGCCGAAAACCUAUGCUUGAUGACGACGACUAUGACAUUGACUUUUAUACCGCCGAUCCGCUAGCUCAAGAGACUACUGAUAUGAAUGCCCCAUCUCCUAGGGAACAACUAGAGUUCUUGGGGUAUUAUCGCGCAGCUCAUGCCUUGGCCCGAAUAUCCCGUCAAAUAGCCAGGCAACUGUGGAGACCAACGACUGACUCGGAUGGUAUCCCUUUGGAAGCUGCGUUAUCAUACGCAUCAGAGCUUACUAAAUGGCGCGAUGCUCAUCUCCCCAAAGUUGGGGUUCCAAGUAAUUUUGAGGCUGAGUGGGACUUUGUGUCUGCUGUUUCUGCAUGCGCAAGUGAUGCUUCUUAUCAUGUCAUGUGGAUCUUGUUAUUCAAUGCAUUGGAUGAAUUCGGCAUACGAAAUAACUCUCUAGCACCUAGUGGUAUCAAUCAAGUCGAAACUCUCAAGCGGAAGAUAUUUGACGAAGCACUGCAUUCUGCCUUACGAAUCGCUGCAUUGGUUGGUGUGCUUACUUCCAACGGAUAUUUGAGACUGGAUCCAGCAGUUAUGCACGUUAGCUGCAUCAAUGCUGGAAUGUUUCUGGCUCGUCUUGGCCGUCCCGAAGUCCAGACAUGUAUCGCUGGACUUGAGCAGUAUACUUAUGCCUAUGAAGAGGCUGGAGAGCAGGCUACUGAGAUCAAGCGUGUUUAUGCGAAUUCGAAGAUCAGCGGCCCUGACUUUCAUGAUAUGAGUAGCGUUGCUUCCCGUCUUCCCAGUGCAGACGCUAUGAGUGUCGACUCAGCUAUCAAUGGACAUGGGAAUGGAUCGGAUCAUGGAAUCGUUCCAAACGCCUUUGCGGUCUAAAUAUCAUCCUUCUUGUGCAGCUCGAAUCAGACUAUGGAGUAUCUUUAUAUCGCCUGAAUUAUCCAACAUGUGCUUUGCGAGUAUGCGUGCUCUUUUAAUUUAUCGCGGCUUGGAUGUAAGAAAUAUUUUUGUGCUUGUUAUGUGUUUCUAGACUUUCGGACAGUUGCAUUAGAUUGACUUCUUCAUGUACUUUUGAUGAUCGUGUGUUGUGUACUUGCUUGUAACAUAUCGUCUACAUGGAGAAUGAACAAUAUUUCUGAUGAAACACU